AUGUGUCGUGGAAAGAUCUGGUUGAAAAGUGCCAGCCGCUGUCAACGAUGUCUCGUCGUCUGCCAUCAUAAAUGCGUGGAAAAGGCCGCCUCUGGAAUUGCGUGUACGCCUCAUGCGAUCACUCAAGCAGACGCCGAAUUCGCUGAACUUGAUGUUGAUGUGAAUGAACAACAACGAGCUGAGUGUCCCACGAGUGUAAUUCCUGCCACCCCGCAGACAACCCAGCCUCCUCUGUCAGCUAGCAGCGCUAAAUUCGGCCCUCCUGGAGAAGAUGUUGAACUGACAUCUCGUCGUACAAGGCUACGAAACAAAAUGACGGAGAAAUUCUCGUCGUGGAGACGUGGCGGCAAGAUGACAUCAAAGCUCGAGCUAGACGGGUCUGGUAAUCGUGAGUCAGAACAAUCAACAGGCACUGCUGUGGAAGGUGAAGCGUUGCUGAGUCCAAUGGCUAGCAUACAAGACUGCUUAGCGGAUGUGUUGCCAACUUUGGAUGGGUCCCCGUUCAUACGAAGCUUAUACUUUCAACCAGGAAAUGCCUACAAUGAACAAACGAUCAGUCAUGCAAAAGUCUUAGGGAGAGAGAUUUUCUCUAAUCUCAAAGGAGAAGAGCGAAAGGCCAAAAUCAAUGAGCAGAUCGAUCGAAUUCAACUUGCGAUACGUGAGACAAAAGACGGCAGAUUGGAAGCGAUGAAGAAAGAUGGAGCAGAAGCGAAGUCGGGCGGUACAUUUGAAGGACUGGACGAACGCCUUCAAGCCUUGGCAGUACUUAUGUUGCAUUAUUGUGCAGCUCUACAGGAUUGUGAAUCACAAGGACGGGAAUCGCCCGUAUAUGAUAGUGAAGUGCUACCAGAACCACCACCAUCAACUGACAAUCAUGCGUUAUCGGAUUGUGAAUCACAAGGACGGGAAUCGCCCGUAUAUGAUAGUGAAGUGCUACCAGAACCACCACCAUCAGCUGACAAUCAUGCGUUAUCGGUAUGUGAAUGCUGA